AUGCAAGCAUUUGAUAAGGCAAGCAGUAGCUUCUCCAACAUUUUGACAACAUUAAAGCCAGAUUUGCUUAUUUGUGAUUUCUUUCAGCCAUGGGCUCCUGCGCUGGCUUUAUCACUGAAUAUUCCAACCAUUCAGUUUGUGAUUAGUGGCAAUGAGUCAAAUUCUGUUGCAGUUCAUGCCCUCAAGAACUCAGAAUGGCUUAACAAGAAAGACACAUCUUCAGUCAUUUUUGUUUCAUUUGGCACUGAAAAUUAUUUGUCAAAGGAGGAAAGAGAAGAGCUGGCACUUGGACUACUGCUUAGCGAAGUAAACUUUAUAUGGGUCCUAAGGUUUGCUCAAGGAGAGAAAAUUAGUGCAAAAGAAGCAUUGCCUGAGGGUUUCUUUGAUAUGGUUGGAGAAAGGGGACUGAUAGUUGAGGAAUGGGCUCCACAGAAGAGAAUUUCGAGUCAUCCUGGCAUUGGUGGAUUUCUGAGUCACUGUGGUUGGAAUUCUGUGUUGGAGAGCAUGAGAUUUGGUGAUCCAAUAAUAGCUAUGCCUUUGUAUAUUGAUCAACCUUUGAAUGCUGAGUUUCUAGUGGAGGUAGGAGCUGGUUUGGAAAUCAAGCGAGACAAGAACGGUAUGCUUCAAAGACAAGAGGCACCAAAAGUGAUCAAAGAUGCGGUGGAGGAGAAAACAGGACAACAUUUGAGAAGGAAAACCGGAGAGUAA